AUGAACUACAACGUUGUUCAUUUCCUCAUGCAUCCUCUUCUCCUCAAACCCGUUUUCCUUAACGUCUUAUCUGCCUCCCUCCACGGUCUCUUGUUGCUAUCAGCUUUGCUGUCAUGGCUUUGGAACAAAAUGACAUUCACUCCAGGAACCAGAGAAGAAGGCUCUAUCGAGGAAGAGCAAUCCAACGAGAGUGAGACCCUCUUCAAAACGACCGUGUUUUGUUCCCUUGGUGUUUCAGCUUUCAGUUUCGUUCUCUGUUUCCUCAAUUACUUCUACUGGUAUGCAAGUGGGUGGUCAGAACAAAAAUCUAUGACCCUUUUGGAUUUGGCUCUCAAAACACUUGCUUGGGGUGUUGUUUCCCUUUCGUUGCACAAAGGGUACUUCUUUUUUGGUUCUGGUGAAAUAAGGUUCAGGUUUUCAUUCAUCUUCAGAGUUUGGUGCACCUUGUAUCUAGUUUUUUCUUGUUAUUCUUUCGUGGUGGAUAUUGUUCAUGUGACCGAGAUACCAACUCAGUCAUUGGUUUAUGAUGUUGUGUCCAACUGUGCGGGCUUUUUGUUUGGUUACGUCGGGUACUUUGUGAAAAAAAAUGGUCAUGUCAACGGUAUUGAGGAGCCUCUUUUGAAUGAUGAUGCAAAAGAGACCCAGGAUGCGGACAAUGUUACUCCUUACUCACAUGCUGGAGUUUUUAGCAUUCUCACUUUCUCUUGGGUGGGUUCUCUUGUGGCUUCUGGCUACAAGAAGACCUUGGACCUUGAGGAUGUUCCUCAGCUAGACAUCAGAAACAGUGUGGCUGGUGCUUUUCCUAGUUUCAGAGAUAAACUUGAGGCUGAUUAUGGUGCAAAUGCUAUUAACAGUCUCACCACGUUUAAGCUGGCGAAGAGUUUAGUAAUGUCAGCUUGGAAGGAAAUUCUGUUCACAGCUUUUCUUGCAUUGUUAGGCACCGUGGCUUCUUAUGUUGGUCCUUACCUUAUUGAUGAUUUUGUUCAGUACCUUGAUGGACAACGACAAAACCAGGGUUAUAUUUUGGUUUCUGCCUUUUUCUUUGCAAAAAUUGUGGAGUGCCUCUCUAAAAGGCAAUUAUAUUUUAGGUUUCAGCAGAUUGGACUUCGAAUUCGAGCACUGCUUGUUGCGAUGAUCUACAAUAAGGUUCUCACACUUUCUAGUCAAUCAAAGCAGGGCCAGACUUCUGGGGAAAUAAUCAAUCUCAUGACUGUUGAUGCUGAAAGAAUUGGUGUCUUCAGUUGGUACAUGCAUGAUUUGUGGAUGGUGGCGCUGCAAGUCUCAUUGGCCUUGUUGAUUUUGUAUAAAAGCCUUGGCAUUGCUUCCUUUGCUACUCUCGUUACAACCAUUGUUGUUAUGUUGGCAAAUGUUCCCUUGGGGUCAUUGCAAGAGAAGUUUCAAAAUAAGUUAAUGGAGUCAAAAGAUAUUAGAAUGAAGGCCACAUCCGAGAUUUUGAGGAACAUGAGGAUCCUCAAACUACAAGGUUGGGAAAUGAAGUUUCUAUCAAAAAUAACUGAGCUCAGGAAAACUGAGGAAGGCUGGUUAAAAAGCUUUGUUUAUACCUCAGCCAUGACCACAUUUGUGUUUUGGGGUGCACCCACAUUUAUAUCUGUCGUUACUUUCGGCACUUGUAUGUUUUUAGGGAUACCCCUUGAAGCAGGGAAGAUGUUAUCUGCACUUGCAACAUUCCGGAUUCUUCAAGAAGUCAUUUUUAGCCUUCCUGAUACAAUUUCUAUGAUAGCACAAACUAAAGUUUCUCUUGAUAGGAUUUCAUCAUUCCUUCGGCUUGAUGACUUGCCGUGUGAUGUUGUGGAGAAGCUUCCUCAGGGAAGUUCUAAUACAGCAAUUGAAGUAAUUGAUGGAAACUUCUCUUGGGAUUUAUCUUCCCCUAACCCGACAUUGAAAAAUAUAAACUUUAAAGUUUUUCUUGGGAUGAGGGUUUCUGUUUGUGGUGCUAUUGGAUCAGGAAAAUCUAGUUUACUUUCUUGCGUAUUGGGAGAAGUACCUAAGAUAUCAGGCAAUCUUAUGGUUUGCGGAGCAAAGGCUUAUGUUGCUCAGUCUCCAUGGAUACAAAGCGGCACCAUAGAGCAUAAUAUUUUGUUUGGUAAACACAUGGAUAGGGAAAGGUAUGAGAAGGUACUUGAAGCUUGUUCCCUGAAGAAGGACCUGGAGAUUUUUUCUUUUGGUGAUCAGACAAUUAUAGGAGAACGUGGAAUAAAUUUGAGUGGUGGACAGAAACAAAGAAUUCAAAUUGCACAUGCUCUGUACCAAGAUGCUGAUAUAUAUAUAUUUGAUGAUCCUUUUAGUGCUGUGGAUGCUCACACAGGCUCUCACCUGUUUAAGGAAUGCUUGCUGGGUCAUUUAUGUUCAAAAACAGUGGUUUAUGUCACUCAUCAAGUGGAGUUCUUACCUGCCGCUGACCUUAUAUUGGUCAUGAAAGAUGGGAGAAUUACUCAAUCUGGAAAGUAUACUGAUCUGCUUAAAAGUGGAAGUGAUUUUAUGGAACUUGUUGGUGCGCACAAAAAAGCUCUAUCCACUCUAGAUUCAUUGGAUGGAGUGACAACAUCUAAUGAAAUAAGUAGCUUAAAACAAGAAGAAAGUGUCUCUGGCACACAUGAUUUUAAAGAAAAAAAAGCAAGCAAAGAUUUGCAAAAUGAGGAAACACACAACAAAAGUGAACCACAAGGUCAGCUUGUUCAAGAAGAAGAAAGGGAGAAAGGUAAAGUUGGGUUUUCAGUCUAUUGGAACUAUAUCACAACCGCAUAUGGUGGAGCUAUGGUACCUUUCAUAUUGUUGGCUCAGAUUCUUUUUCAAGCUCUUCAAAUAGGAAGUAAUUAUUGGAUGGCUUGGGCCACUCCCAUCUCAACACAUGUGCAACCACGUGUUGAAGAAAUGACUCUUAUAGGAGUCUAUGUUGGUUUUGCUAUUGGAAGUUCUUUCUGUGUCCUUGUCAGAGCAAUGCUUCUAGUCACAACAGGUUAUAAGACAGCUACUAUACUCUUCAAUAAAAUGCACUUCUGCAUUUUCCGUGCUCCAAUGUCAUUUUUUGAUUCCACUCCAAGUGGUCGAGUACUUAGCAGAGCUUCAACUGACCAAAGUGCAGUGGAUACAGUCAUUCCUUAUCAAAUGGCCUCACUUGCCUUCUCUGUGAUCCAGCUUCUGGGAAUUAUAACAGUGAUGUCUCAGGUUGCAUGGCAGGUUUUCAUUGUCUUUAUACCUGUAAUAGCAGUCGGCAUAUGGUAUCAGCAAUACUAUGUACCAUCAGCUCGAGAACUAUCACGUUUAAUUGGAGUCUGCAAAGCCCCAGUCAUUCAACACUUGGCUGAGACAAUUUCUGGUACUUCAACCAUCAGAAGCUAUGACCAGCAAUCAAGAUUUAGAGAGACAAAUAUGAAACUCACUGAUGGGUAUACUCGGCCAAAGUUCAGUGUUAGUGGUGCCAUAGAAUGGUUGCGCUUCCGCUUAGAUAUGCUGUCUGCAAUCACCUUUGCCUUUUCCUUGUUAGUCUUAAUAUCUAUUCCACCGGGAAUCAUAGAUCCAGGCAUUGCUGGUUUAGUUGUCACAUAUGGACUUAAUUUGAACACGAUACAAGCUUGGGUGAUGUGGAAUUUGUGCUACAUAGAGAACAAAAUUAUAUCAGUAGAAAGAAUGCUUCAAUAUACGUGUAUUCCUAGUGAGCCUCCCCUUGUUGUAGAAGAAGAUCGACCCAACCCUUCUUGGCCAUCAUAUGGCGAGGUUGAUAUACAAGAUUUGCAGGUUCGUUAUGCUCCACAUCUUCCACUUGUGUUGCGUGGAAUAACGUGUAAGUUUGGUGGAGGAUUAAAAACUGGCAUUGUUGGGAGAACAGGAAGUGGUAAAUCUACCCUUAUUCAAACACUUUUCAGAAUUGUUGAGCCUACCUGUGGUCAGAUCAUGAUUGACAACAUCAACAUCUCUUCAAUUGGACUUCAUGAUUUGAGGUCUAAACUAAGCAUUAUUCCUCAGGAUCCAACAAUGUUUGAAGGAACUGUGAGAAAUAAUCUAGACCCUCUGGAAGAGUACACUGAUGAACAAAUUUGGGAGGCCCUGGAUAAGUGCCAACUUGGAGAUGAAGUUAGAAAGAAAGAAGGGAAGCUCGACUCCACAGUUACAGAGAAUGGUGAGAAUUGGAGUAUGGGUCAGAGGCAGUUGGUAUGCCUUGGCAGGGUGCUUCUGAAGAAAAGCAAGGUUUUGGUGCUUGAUGAAGCCACUGCGUCAGUAGAUACAGCUACUGAUAAUUUGAUUCAGCAGACUCUUAGGCAACAUUUCUCUAACUCUACAGUCAUUACCAUUGCACAUAGAAUAACUUCUGUUAUUGACAGUGACAUGGUUCUGCUUCUUAGUCAAGGACUUAUUGAGGAGUAUGACACCCCAACAACUUUGCUGGAGAACAAGUCCUCCUCUUUUGCACAACUUGUUGCAGAGUAUACCAUGCGGUCCAACACCAAUUUUGAGAAAUCCAUGGAUAAUUGAUUUCAGCUUACACAUACAUGGAUUUGGAGAUUUUGUUUAAGAAAAAUGAAUUGAGGCAGUACAAAUAUUAUUUUAAUCAGUUAUAGGUCCACACGGAUUUAAAAAAAUUAGAGACUUUUUGGUUCUAAAAUUUUGAAAGGUAUCAGAGAAUGACUCAAAA